AAUAAUAUGAUAAGUAGUGGAAGUGAAGAUUAAUUUGCAGAAAGUGAAACGGAUUAUGAGAUGUCAGGUGGAGAAGAGGACUCGUCGUUUUCUUCUUCAAGUGACGAUUGUGCGUCGGCAAAUGAUGACGACGACGACCAAACACAACUAAAUUGUAGUGCAAAUACUUUUGUUGAAGUAAUGGAUGAGGCAUCAGAUAAUCCACCUCCUCCAAGCUUUGUGUAUGCAGAAGUACCAGGCCUAAACAUAUACCAGCAAACGCCACACCAAUUGAUUUUUUCAAUUUGUUGUUCUCGAUGCAGCUUUUUACGAUUAUGGUGACAGAGACUAACAGAUACGCUCGCCAGGUGAUUCAGUCAACGCAUUUAUCGCCAAAUUCGAGACUCAAACAGUGGCAACCAACAACUGUAGCAGAAAUGAGGGCUUUUAUAGCAGCAGUUUUGAAUAUGGGACUGAUAAAAAAACCGACGAUUUUUAGUUAUUGGUCAACUGAUGCAAACCUGUUGACACCGUGGUUUUCGCAAAUGUUUUCACGCAACAGGUUUCAGUUGUUGCUGCGGUUUUUCCAUUUUGUAGACAAUUCGAAACUUCACCCUCCUGGUCACCCAUUAUGUGAUCCAACAGCCAAAUUUCAAGUGUUGGUUGAUAUUGCCAACAAUGUUUUCCUUCGCUAUUACACUCCACACCAGCAACUGAGUGUCGAUGAAAGUCUUGUUGGGACAAAGGCGUACUCACACCUAAUCCAGUACCUUCCCAAUAAACAUCAUCACAGAUGGGAAGUCAAAUUUUGGAUGCUGUGUGAUUCAGUCGUAAAUUACUGUCUAGGGUUUUAUGUAUAUCGUGGUGCAAAAAGUGAUGAUGACAAAAACGAAAUAAAAGAGAAUGGCCUGGGAUAUGUAGUCGUCAUGAAACUACUAACUCUUGGGAGCUACAUGCAAAAAGGUUACCAUGUGUUUUGCGAUAACUUUUUUACAUCUAUUCCUCUGGCAGAAAAGCUGUAUUCAGUUGGCACUUAUCUAACGGGAACAAUUAGAAGAAAAAGAAAAUUCCUGCCACGUGGUCUUCUGUCGAAUUAUGCUGUAGGUCAGCUAAAGUUUUUCAAGAAAUCUUUUAUACUUCUCUGUGGCUUCAGACAGAAGAAAUCACAGAGAAAUCCAGUCCUCCUUGUGAGUACAUCAUCCUCUGCUACAUCAUCAGAAAAGACAAUUCGCAAUAGACAGUCAGUCAAGAAACCGGAUGUUAUUUUUGAAUAUAAUAAGUAUAUGGGUGGCAUAUGAUGGCAUACUGGUAUUUAGAUGAGAGGAGGACUGUCAAGAUGUGGAAGAAGGUAGUGUUCAGCAUAAUUGCCAGGAUGUUGCUGAAUGCAUAUGUUUUGUAUAAGGAAAGCCUAAACCCCAGCGACAAACCACUGACACGGCUGAAGUUUAACAGCAUAGUCAUUUGCAAACAUUCUAAACAGUGGUUUCAGGCAAGGACUGCAACCACAAGUGCAAUAGAUAUAAAUGUACCUGCUCCAACAGUAUAUGGUGUAGAGACUCUUCCAGGGAGAAAGGAACGCCACUGUAGUGUUUGUUCUACGAAGGAUAAGAAGUGGCGUUCGCGAACAGUAUGUGAUUGUUGCAAGAAAGGACUGCAUCCUUCAUGUGUUGGUCAGCAUGUGUGCAGGACCUCCUGAAUGUUGCCGACUGCGGGCCCGAGCACCGUUCAAAGAUUGUGCAGCACGGCGGCGCCGGGCAGCAAGAACUCAGUUCGAGGAGCACGCACAGCGAAGCAAUUGGCCUGCACAACUCCAGUUCAUACAGCACAGUGAUAGUGCUGCUGUGGAUCCUGAGCUGAACUCAUGGAACAUGGUCAAGGGGUUACAAUACCAUGUGUGAAGAACAUUUGUACUUGUCUGACAGAGUGAGCACCACAACAUCUAUUCUACAGAAGACACAUAAUUCUUGUCUGUUCAAUUCCAAAGAGCUGCAACAAUUUUGUUAUUGACAGUAUACUGUGAAACAAUAACUUUCCCAACUUAAGUUAGCAAUUGAUGGCACAUCACAGUACAUUUGGACAAAAUUAUACUCAUGCUAAUGAACCACUGGAUGCACUUUCAGAAAUCAUCAAAACAGAUGCACAAGAAGUGGAAACAUAAAAAUGUAUAUUGACAUGUUCAAGAAGCUGCUUGUGGAAAAAAAAAAUCUGUUGUUAUGAGCUACGAUAAACUCAAUAUUGUACAUAAAUGUACAGUUUCAAGUUAACUUUUUUUAUUUAGCCUGAUGUCUGUAUCAGAGUAUUUCUACAUUUUGUAUAGCUCAUAUAUAUUUUUAGUAAAAAUUUUUGUAUUGUAUUUUUGUAUGCAGACAUUUAAGGCUUUUGCA